UAUUACGUUAGGUUAGUGUCAGAUCUACCACAUGCCCCAACUUUUAGCUGGGUACGGUAGAAAUAUCAAAUUUCAGAAAAUUUAAUUCAUGUAGUUGUUACAUAUUUAUUUGAUAAUUCUAAAAUGCGUGGUGGGAAAUGUGUCUCGAACCUGGUGGCCGGUGCUGCUAUAAUUUUGGCAAUAGUAGGAGCAACAGUUUGCCUGGAAAAUUUAAGUUUGACACAAGUAGAGAAACAAAAAUUGGAACAGUUGAAGCAAGCCAUUUCCAGCAUCAACUUCCCGAUACAUCGAAUGAAGGAGGAAUUGAAUUUGGUGCGAUAUCUGAGGGCACGACGAUGGGACGUGCCAGGAGCGAAGGAUAUGCUGCUCCAGACGGUGAAGUGGUGGAAGGACAAUAACAUGGAUGAAAUCCAUACUGAAGACUGGUCAAGUGUUGCGAAAGAGUAUCCCAUUAAUACAGAUGGAGUCGAUAGAAAUGGACAACCAGUUUUCGUCUUUUCCAUCGGGGACUGGGAUCUCCGAAGGGCCGCUUUGCAAGGCAAGCUAGACCUCGCCAUCCGCCAUUUCAUUAAAGGAUUUGACGAGGUUCAUGUGAAAUCUAUUGAGUAUAAUAAAUCCGGAAAGUCGAAUGGAACCCAGUGGAAUUUUAUCAGCAAUUUGGACAAGCUCUCUCGUCAACAGCACCUCUGCAUCCCAUGUCUUCGCUUUUAUACGGGAAUCAUGCUCAUGUUUGAGUCACAUUAUCCCGGCUCGACUGAAAAGAUUUUCGUGAUAAAUGCCCCUUCAAUCUUUUCCGUGAUCCUCACCCUUGUUCAGCCAAUUCUAUCUCCCGAGACGUAUAAGGCGUUACAGAUUCUCGGCACCAACAAGGAGCAGUGGGGCCCCAUCUUAUUCUCUCACAUUGCGAAGGAUCAACUACCAGAAAGCGUGGGAGGGUCGAGAACCUAAAUAUUUACGACGCAAAUAGUCGUCAGUGUUGAGCAAUGCAUACAAAUUAUUAAAAUUCCUUGUCUAAAGAAAUAUCAAUGAGACCAUUAUCGAAUAAUAAACAUUUAGUUACUCACAAUCCUGA